AUGCUGUCGUCGAUGGGUUUCAGCGAGGAGCAGGCGGCGGCCGCCGACUGGCUCAUGUCGCACUCAGACUCGAGCCUCGAUGCGGCGGUGCACCAGCUGGGCGCGAGGGUGAGGGAGCUCUUCGCAGGAGGGCAGUUUGGGGACGCACUCGGCGUGGCGGAGCGGAGGCUCGACUUGUGCCGCCGCACGUACGGCUCGGAGCACGCGAUGUACGCGACUUGCCUCAACGACGUGGCCACCUUCGAGCAGGCGCUCUUCGAGGAGGCGAGCAAGAUCCAGAAGAAGCUGCUCGGGCAAGGCCACCCUCACACGAUUGCGACGCUGCAGAACCUGGCGGCGCUCUACACCGCCAAGGGCGACGCGCCAAAGGCGGAGGCGAUGCAGCUGCUCGUGCAGGCGCUGCAGCUGUCGUCGAGCGGCGGGGGCGACGGGCCGUGA